AAAAGGAGAUAAGCUCAACACAAAGUUUGCAAUUAGAGUGAGUUCAUGGCCCGAUGACCGGACUUAUAAACACUUCUUCUAUCCAAUAGCAUUGUGAGGACAAACAAUAGAACCCAUUAAGAAUGUAAAUGUGGUCUUGAGAAAAAAAAAAAAAAACAUUUGCAGGCAUUUUUUUUUUUUUUUUGAAAGUGAUGUUGUAAUUCUGCAACAGUGGGCUUUACAGGGUUAAUAGCUGACACUUAUAACUAGUUUUUAUCACAUUAAUCACAAAAAAUGUGGCACAUCCAGUUUUUCUGAUGUACAUCAAGAUUUGCAAAAGUUUCAUUCACCAUCAUCAUCUCACCUGACUAGUUCGUCAAAUUAUUCUCAGAGAGAACCUAACAUCACAGAUCACUUCGAUACUCUCGACUUUUUUAAUACAGUGAAGGAUAAAAAUGUCAGAUUCUUGGAAAACUGCUGUAAAGGCAGUAAUUGCCAUGUUUUUGUUGGAAUGUUUUAUACUUUCUGCAUACCACCUCCUACCACUUGGAUAUUUUAACCAACAAGUCCAGAUAAAAAACAACAGCAAAGAAUCUUGCCUCCAUGUUCUUAAGAUGCAGAACUACAUAUGCACUGUGAACAACUCCAUGGAGGAACUCCUGAUGACAACAUCUGUACCAAAGCCCUUGACCUCCACUGAGAAAGAAGAACCAGACACCAUUGUGUUGAUCUGGAUGUGGCCUUUUGGUUCAAGAUUUGGCCUUGGACUCUGCAGUUCAGCUUUCAAUAUCCAUGGCUGUCAUUUAACAGAUGACAGAGGUCUUUUUAAUCAAGCACAUGGGGUUAUGUUUCAUCAUAGAGAUAUCAGUUGGGAUUUAUCUAACAUGCCGAAACUUCCACGGCCUGCUUUCCAGAAGUGGAUAUGGUGGAAUAUGGAGUCUCCAACUCAUUCAGGUCAAAAUCCCUUGCUAAAAGAUCUGUUCAAUCUGACUUCAGGUUACCGCCGGGAUUCAGAUAUUCCAGUACCGUACGGUUGGCUCUCAGAUGCCACGGAGGUAGAGAAAAACUAUACUAUCCCAAAGAAGGAAAAAUUAGUUUGCUGGGUUGUAAGUAACUAUAAUCCAAAUCAUAAGCGUUCACAGUACUUUAAUGAGUUAGUGAAACACAUUAACGUGGAAGCCCAUGGAAGACACUUCAACAGUCCAAUUAACAAUAAUGAAUAUUUAAAUUUGGUGUCCAGUUGCAAAUUCUACCUGUCCUUUGAGAAUUCUAUUCACAGAGACUACAUGACUGAGAAGCUGUUCAACUCUCUAGCACUUGGUACCGUUCCAGUUGUUCUUGGCCCAUCGAGAGAAAACUAUGAGCAGUUCAUACCAAGUGAAGCCUUCAUCCAUGUGGAUGACUUCCCAUCCCCAAAAGAACUGGCUGAUCAUCUAAAACUCUUGGACCAAAACGAGGAUCUGUACAGGCAGCACUUUACCUGGAGAAAACAUUUUGUUUCAAAGGGAGCAAAAUUCGGUCUUGAGCAUGCCUGUCGGAUUUGUGAACAUGUUAGAAAGAAUAAGCACUACAGAGUGGUCAAAGAUCUCAACAGCUGGUACUGGGGUUAAGGGGGGAUUUUAAGACAAUGCUGACUGACCAGGGGUGGUAAGUCAUGAGUAAAUAAAAUUUACAUCUCAUUUAACCACAUGUCCUGCUCCAGCUUUGCGCUGCAAGAUGGGUCAAGUUAUAUUCCAAAUGGGGUUUGUCGCAAAUUCAAUGAUACAUUUUUGUUUAAUUCUUCAAAAUUAAUCUCACAUUUGAACAAUUACCAUUAUAAAUUUAUGGAAAAUUAUGUUCUUUUAUAUAUUUGGGGCAGGGAUUAAAAUGGUUCAAAAAACAAACACAACAUUUUUGAAUGUUUUUUUUUUUUUUGCAGAAUGUAAUAAAUAAUAUAAAUAAAUAUAAAUAUGUGAUAAAUAUUAUACUACGGUUAUCAUACCUCAAGACAUUGUUUUAUUUCAAGACAUUUGUCAGGUUUUUGUCCUUAAAAUGCUCUUGUGUUGUACAAAAGGACCUCAAUGAGUCAAGCAUGUAUAGUUAAAUGGAAAGUGUUACCUAUUACGUCCAAUAGGUGGCAGUAUCCUUGGUCAGAUUUGGACUGUUAGCAUUGAUAGAGGCUAAAGUGAAAGUUGAUUUGAAGUUGCCAUUUGAAGCUUCUGCCUUUCAAACGUGACACAGACCUAAUUUAAAGGGUUAGUUCACCCAAAAAUGAAAAUAAUGUCAUUUAUUACUCACCCUCAUGCCGUUCUACACCCGUAAAACCUUUGUUCAUC